GGAGUCAAACAAAGCUGUUGAACUAUUUUUUGUGUUUAGGUUGAGGUUUCAAGUGGGAGUUGGUUUGGUCGGAAAAGUCAUCAACGAAUCUUUGUUUGACACGUUUUAACGACGUCACCUAAUUAAGUCUGCUUUACAUUCGAUAAGUUGUAAACAACAUAUGAUUUCUCGGCUUCACAUCACACAUCACAUACAAUAGUUAAUUAGUCGUCAGAGGCAUAAACGAAUAAAAGAUACUAUAAUUACAGUAUUUUUUGGUCAAAGAAAAAAGGUAGUCUUUUAUCCAAUCACCAAGUCAAUGAAGCCGUACAAGAUAAACAUGUUUAAUUGGUAUUAUAGCUUGAGGUAGUUGUUAACCUUUUUUGUAUUCAAUCUAACAUGCGGUUUUAAUAGAUGGUUUAAGCCUGCGGUUCGAACUUAGAAGUUGACAAGAGACAGCAAACCGCUUGUAAAACAUAUGGUUAAUAUAUUUAUACUACCCAACAUAAUAAUUGCUUAGUUCGAAGCUUACGUUUUAACUGUAUGAUUAUGAUCAUAGAUAAUUUGGUAACAUACUCCGAGUAAUGGCAAAUAUCAGACCUUAUUUUAGUAAUUGGAAUCCAAGGGGUUAUAUUUUCUUAAGGAGAUGCAUUGAACAUGCAAAUGCGAAUAUGCAUUCACUGAUCACAUUAAUUUCUUUGGAAUUUGUAUUCCCUAUUCAAAUCUUAACAACUCCCAAGGUUCAUUAUUUUCAUUUACUGUUUGACAAGAAACCUCUUGAGAUUCAUAACCUCUGGUUCUCCAAUAUAUAGAGGCUUAAUCUUCAUGAGUUACUCAAAGCGUGUUACCUCAAAGUCUCAAUCACCUCUCUUCCUCAUUUUCGUUUCUAUUCGUUUCCCUUGGAUCUCCAAUGGCUAACAGUGUAAAUUUUAGAUUGAAACUUCUCAUUGAUGUGAGGAGAAACAAAGUUGUUUUGGCCGAAACUGAGCAGGAUUUUGUUGAUGUGCUCAUCAGUCUUUUAACUAUCCCUAUGGGUAACAUUGCUAGAUUGCUGAAGAGUCAUACGACAGUACUAGGCUGUUAUAAAAAUCUUAACAAAAGUGUUGAAGAUAUGGACAUCGGUCAUUUCGAGACUGAAGCAUGCAAGACUAUGCUGACGGAUCUGAGGAGUACUAAGGAUAUCCAUCGCAAAAGGCUCAAGAUGAACAUGAGUUCUACUAAUCCCUCCAAGUUCUUCGUGUGCCCAAGUUUUUUCAAGAGUGAUUCAUAUGGACACAGUGCAUACAGCAACUUUAAGAACACAAGAUGUAGCUGUGGAGCUUUGAUGACCUAUCAAAUUCAGGUCCCUGAAGAAGAGCAAGUUGAAAAACUGAUAGGAAAUAAAGAAGAUGGAGUGUUUGUCAAUUGCCGAUCCUCAUUCAUUGUCACUGAUGAUUUGAAAGUGACAUCAAACUCUAUUGGUGUUCUCAUGAAAGUUCUUAAUGAUCGAGGGUAUGCUGGCUUUAGUGAUCUUCAGGAAACCCUAAUUGAUGUAGGGUUCGAAGAGGUCCGGUCUCUACUAGGAUGUUUAUUAUCCUCGGAAGCUGCCUUGACAUGCACGUUCCUUAAAAAAACUCGCAUGAUGAGGAAUCUCAGAAUGUUGUCUCCACCUGCGCCGAAAAAUGUUAAAGUAUGUUCCGUGGAAGUUUAUGUUAGAAAGAUUGAUAGGGAGAUUCUUUAUGCUGAGUGCAAUGGAGACUUUGUUGAUUCUCUUCUCAGCUUUCUGGUUCACCCUCUUGAGUUGGCUUGCUCAUUGUCUAAUGACAAUACCAUUUUGGGAUGUGUUGGAAACUUGUGUAAAAGUCAGUGUAGAGGAGAAGCUUCCAAAAGCUUACUUCUUCCUAGCAUUUACAGUUGCUCUAACAAUAAUCUGCUCGAUUAUGAUUACCAAUCAACAACGUAUGAAUGUUUGAUCCGUAACUCUUAUUCGAGUUGCGAAGUGGCCAGGUCAAUUUCUAGGUUGCCGAUCGCAGGUGAAAAAGCUGCGAGUCUGUAUCCAAGUAAUCCAAAAAUCAAGUCCGGAACUUCAUCAGGAUAUGGGAUUGGAUUUAUGAAGAAAAAUAAAAAGUUCAUCGUAUCUAAUGAUCUUACUAUAACACCAAUGAAUACAUCUUCAACCAUUGGCUUGUUAAAGAAGUUGCAGGUAGACAUCAGUGAUCUUGACAAGUACCAGAUUAACAUUUCCAAAGUUGAGGUAACUUUCUGUUACUUUCUGUUUUUUUGGGCCAUCUAUCUUGCCUCAGUUAUAAAUGUUUAUUCUUUAACUUGCUUGUCUUGCAGCUCAUUAGCAUUCUUAGAGCUUCCUUGAUCUCCUCAUCUGCAUUGACCAAAGGCCUCUCAAACUUGCUCGUCAAGAAACCAAAGGAAGAAGCUUAAACUCUCUCCAAGAAAAUUUCCUUAUACAAACCUAGUGAAAUUGCUUCUGUUUUUGAGGAUUAUCUCUUAUGGUUUUCAGAUUCUGCAACAAUUAUUUCUAGUUUCACUUUACUAUUCCUCAGUUCGCCUAUUAGAUGCUCUUCUUUUUCUAUGUAUUUCGUUUCAAUGUUUUAAUUAUUAAUGCAGUAUCCUUUACUAUCACUCUUUUAUUUAUUUCUUAACUUUGCACAUCAAACAAGAGUACAACAACAGAAACAGAUUUAGUUUAAUUUCUUUUUUGUAAAGCA